CGCACUAGUUGGGGGCAAGGUUUUACUCGUUUUAUUUUUUCUAUUCUACAGAUGGAUGUUGCUUGGAUGAUUCCGCAUGGAAACCGCCGCACCUUGCAGAACAUGUAGGAGCUCUCUUUGCACUCAGAGGAAGCGAAAAAGAAGUUUCUCACUUGGGGAAACCUGAAGAUGCUCCAGCUUCCCAUGGUGCUGGACCCUGCCUAUCUGGAUGAACUAGGACACUGGCAGGACAUUGAUGAGUUGCUGUACGACCCAAAAUGGAGAAUCUUGCUGUUCUUGCAUGCACCAGCCAGCCUGGAAGCCGCCAUCGAGUUUCUUUGUUCUCUCCGCUUCCUCAAUGACGGAGAGGAGGCAAAGUCAGCAGCCGAAGUCACCUCCAUCACAAAGGUCACAUUCACUCUGAUGGGUCGACUGCUGAACCUUACCGUGGCAGACUUAGGGUGGUUGAUUGGUCUCUACACGCUCGAUGAAAUGCGGAGCCUGGCUUUUGCCGAUCUGCCCGACCAGUUGGAUCCAGAAUUCGAUGUUAAGAAGUUCUGGAAAGCUCACGGGCAUGGCCGAUUUCACAGUGGAGCAAGCUUAGCAAGGAAUUGGGCACGUCCGUUGUGGAGGAUUUUGCACCAUGCAUUAGCUCACAGCUAUUUCGGCUGCUCUCAAGAACCUGACGUGGUGUUUGAGUCUGAUAUGCUAUUUUUCUGGAGGUAUUUGGCCCAGAUUGCUUACAAUAAGGAAGACAACGAGGCACGUCCCAGACGGCAGCAUACUAUUCCUAUGACUCUUCGCGAGCUUUCGCAGGCUAUGUUUGCAUUCCAGGAUUCUGUGGAUUCUCGUUUGAGGAGCAUGGAGACACUCCUUCUCACACAGCAGUGGCAGGUGGAGGAAAUACUCGACUACAUCCGGGAACAAGGAGCAAAGAAAACGGAGCAUGAGGCGGGUCCUAAGCAAGGCAAACGUCAUGGACAGAACAAAAAGGGGCUGGAAUUUCGUGGGGAAGGUGUAGGAAAAAAAGGGGAAGCCUUGAAGGCCCAAGUUGAAUACUUGGCCAAAGAAGUGGCUAAGCUCACCAAGAUAAAGCUCAACGCCCUUCAAGGAAGUGAUCAUGAAGAUGAUGCUAGCACCAGUAGCACCAACAAGGCCAAAACUAAUGACGGGUCUGACUUCAAGGUUGAUGUCCCAACUUUUGAGGGAAAGAACGACAUGGACAAAUUUCUAGAAUGGCUAGAGACGGUGGAACGCGUUUUCGAUUUCAAAGAAGUCUCUGAUGAGAAGAAGGUCAAGAUAGUGGCAUUGAAGUUCCGCAAGGAUGCAUCUACUGGGUGGAGUAAUACGUGCACUAAAUGGAGAAGAAACUACAAGGAGCCGGUGGCUACAUGGGCCAAAACGAAGUCCCUCCUAAAGAAGAAGUUCUUUCCCGCUGAAUAUGUUCGUGAGAAUUUUGCCAAGCUUCAAACGCUUAAGCAAGGUUCUAAAUUGCUUGAAGAAUACACCCGCGGGUUCGAGGAACUCUUGCUAAGGUGUGAUUUGCAAGAAGAUGAUGAGCAAACCUUUGUACGAUACCUAUUCGGCUUAAACGGGAAACCUUUAUACCCAAGAUUAGAAAAGGCAAAUAGGAAUUGAAUAACUUUGAGUUUCAAGGGCUGGAUUUUAGGAAGAAAAGGGGUGGGGAUUUCGUUGAAAAGGUGUAGGGAAAUAAGGGGAAGGUCUUAUUUAAUGAAAGGAACAAAAGGAGUAGAAAAUAACACACAAGGUUUGUCUUUUUGAUCCUCAUUUUCGUCCAAGGUUAAAAAGGAGGGUAAAGACUUUAUUUUGAUUAUCAAAUGAAGAUAAAAUACUUUUGGAUAUUUUGGGAGAGGUUGGGAUUUUAGUAGAGCCGUCCAGGGGUAUAUUAGAUGUGUCCAGCCAACUAGGGGGGACAAAGGGAAAGGAUAAUGUGUGGUACUUUGGCUGCAUAUAUGAGGAUUUAUUUGGUGGUUAAAGGGUUAAGAAAGUACCAUGUUUCUCCUGGAAUUUUAUGGUUGUUUAGUGGGUUGUACUAGGGAACAUAGUAGGGACCAUGUUGGGUGGAUGUUGGAAGAUGAAUGGGGCUGUUUUGGUUUCCU